AUGCAAAGCAGGCUCCUUAGUAAAGCAUCAUGGGAAGAUAUGCAUCGACAGCACAGAAAAAAUAUCAGAGAUGCUAAGUCAAAAGUGGACAACAAAUCACCCUCACUUAAAAUUACAGCGUAUUACAAGCCAGGAGUCAUUGAGGGAAACGCAGCGAAGCUAACACAAAUAGAAGAGGACAAUUUUAAAUUGGUUACAAAUAUUAACACCAUUUAUCGAACGCAGGGUAAAACCAAUUGUCAUAGAUUAAAAUUAUCAAACAGUAGAAUAAAAGUUCAAAAUAAUGAGAUCGAUAUUAUCAAGUUAAAUCAGACAAAAUUUAAAGAAAAUGUUGCAUUGCUGGAUAGGAUUGUUCAAGUGAAGCCUCAAGUCGACUUCAAUUAUAUGGAAGAACAUUACAAAAAACACAUUCAGUUAAUAAUGUUAAUGAGCAAAUUCCCAGAGAGUUAUAAGAAGAAAAAAUAUCAUGAUCCGCUUAUCUUAAACACGGAAAUACCGAAAGGAAUACGAAUUAAAAAAUCAAAAUGUUAUUUGGACAUUAAUGAUUUGACGGAGAAUAGAUGGUUGGGUCGUAUGACUAUUGAAGUUUACGAUAGCAUCGUGCCCAAGACAACUGGUAAUUUCAAAAUGCUAUGCCAGCAGCGGUCGGAUGGACUCGAUUACAGCGGAACACAAAUCUUCCGUAUCGUACCUGGGCUGUUUUGUUUGGCCGGUGACGUUGAGUACUCAAUCGGACUUGGUGGUUUGUCGGCCACAAAAGGUGAACGGUAUUUCAACGAUGAAAAUUACUUGCUCAGCCAUAACGCACCAGGUACUCUGUCAAUGUACAAUUUUGAAAAAAACGAAAACGCUUCACAAUUCAUGAUCACAUUUAAGCCACUGACAGUACUAAAUGGUAGACAUGUCGUUUUUGGUAAAGUCAUUGGCGGUAUGAGAACAUUAAGAUUCAUAGAGGAUUUGGGGUUUGUAACUGGUAAACCAAAACACAAAAUCGUGAUAAGUAAAUGUGGAACAUUCGACAACUACUUUAAAGUAUCAAGAGCUAGACUGACACAAAAAGCAGUUCCAUCACAAAAUCUACUAAACUUAUCAAUUAAGUCUAAAUCUUCCUUAAAAAGGAAAUCGCCUAAAAAAACAUUUCUGUCACCCAGUGCAGACGAACUGGAGUAUGAUAUAAAUAUGCCUAGUAUUCAUAGGUUAUUUAUUUAG